AACAUUUACUAAUACAAAAAUUAGCAAGCUAAUUAAGCUAAGUAUUCAUGGGUGAAUUCACAUCUUUUUGCAAAAGAAUAGUAUCAACCACAAAACCAGUACAACCUGGUAGAAAAAUACAAUUAUCUAGCCUUGAUCUUCUUAUGGAAAAUCAACACCUUAAAAUGGUGAUUUAUUAUAAAACUCCAAAAUUAGGGUUGCCAAUUGGUGAAUUAACUACUAAAUUUAGAAUACUUCUUGCAGAAGUUUUAUCAUAUUUUCCUUUAAUUACUGGAAGAUUAGUAAAAAAUGAUGAAGAAAAAUGGAUGAUUAAGUGUAAUGAUGCAGGGGUAAGAAUGGUAGAGGCUGUUGCUAAAGGGAGUGUUGAAAGUUGGUUAGAAAAUGUGGAUGAAGAAAAGGAAAAAAAACUUAUUCAUUGGGAAGAUUGGUAUCAUAUACCAUACUAUUGGGCCACUUUUUAUAUUAUGGUGACAGAAUUUGAAGAAGGUGGAAUGGCCAUUGGCUUGAGUUGCUCACAUCUUCUAGCUGAUCCAUUUAGUGCAACCCUACUUAUUAAGGCUUGGGCCGACAGAGUACUUCGAGGAAACAUCUUUAUACCGCCUUUCUUUCACCCUCUACCCAAAAUAACUUUGGCCCUUCAAAAGGCCCAUAAUCAGCCCAAUGACCAUUUGAUCAAUCACUACAAAAGCCUCAUAGAAGGCCCAAGCCCAUCCAAAGUCCAACAUUCAAAAACUGUUGCUCUUUCAUUUACAGAUCAUAUGGUCCAAGCUUGUAUGGAUUUGGCCCACUUGAAUGGGUCGGAUCCUUCGCCUUUUGCCGUUCUUGUUGGGUUGCUUUGGGUUUGUAUUAGUAGAGUGAAAGGAGAAACAAAUGGGCUUGUAGAUAUAUCCAUGGGUUUGGAUGUGAGGAAGGUUUUAGGAUUGGAUCAAGGGUAUUUUGGAAAUUGCAUGGUCUACAUCAAAGUUAAUGGAGAUGACAUUGAAGGGGAUGAUCAACAAUUAGCAACUCAAGUAAUAGGAGAAGCAAUUAGGAAGGUAAACAAAGAGGGGAUUAUUGACUUAAUUGAAUGGUUAGAGCAUUAUAACAGCUUCUCCCCAAUUUCUUCAUUCGACAAGAAUAGUUUGGUCUUUUUGAAUCUUGAGAGUGUGGACCCGUAUUCGGCUAUUUUUGUGGAAGGGUAUGAGCCAUUCAGAAUUAGUUAUUACAACGAGUCAGCUAUUCUGAAUAAAGGGAAAGUUUUGGUGCUUCCAUCCCAUCCUAGUGAAGGGAAAUUAAGUAGAAUAGUAAUUGUUACACUUCCAAAUAAUGAAGCUAUUGAAUUAUGUGAAGAUAAACUUCUUGCUAGCUUCUCUCCAAAGAUUAUAAUGGCAGCAAGAAUAUCCACUAAUUAAGGUCACACUAUAUGAAAUUACAACAUAAUGUUGCGUAGCAAAUAGUAUAAUUAGUCAUUGGUGAUAAUAUCAUGCAAUAAUAAUGCAUUCCAACAAAAUCUAUAUAUUUUAUUUCAAUAAUUUGUCAAAUUUUGGUAUAGUUUUGUCACAUUUUCUUUCCUAAUUAAUAUGGAAUAACUUUUUAUUUUAUUUUUAUACUUCUCUCCAACUCUCCAAGUGCGGCUAAAAAAACUAGUAUAGAUAAUAAGUCAUAAUCACACACAGAUAUGUAUGUACUUGCAUUUGAAUAUGUCAUUUGUCCCUAAAUAAUACAUUUUAUACCUUAUAUUCCGUAACUUCUCC